CGCAGCGGAGAUGGGGCUAUCCUGUACUUAAGAUAGUGCCCAUUAAAUGAGCAAGAGGAGUACCUCUAGUUGAUUGUGGUAUAUCUGAGCUGCCUUUCCGCAGUUUAGUGGAUGGUUUCCUCUCCCUUUGGCAGUGCAGGUGGUACAGUCUACUCUUCUCUUCUCCUUGCAAGGUGACUCAUACCUUACGGAAGAGCUGGCGAGCCGGUGGUGGAGUGAAGCUACGGCAAUGGAAGGGGUCGACCAUCGGGUCACACCUGCGAGCUCGAACCCUCCCUUUCAUCUCUGCAACCCGAAUAGCUCCGACGACCACCACAACCACCGUUUACGUAGAAGAGACCGAGAGCCCAAGAACGCCGCCACCGCCGCCAACAGCAGCAGCAGCAACCCCCAACCCUGCGAAGACGACGACGGCAAUGUCAAGGUACACCAUGGAGCCACAGCGAGCGACACCACCGGCCAACGCCACCGAGGCCGGCCGCCUGGGUCCAAGAACAAGCCGAAGCCGCCUAUCAUCAUUACGAGGGAGAGCCCCAGUGCGCUCCGCUCCCACGUGCUCGAGAUCGCGAGCGGGGCGGACAUCAUGGACGCCGUGGCCACCUUCGCCCGCCGGAGGCAGCGCGGUGUCUGCAUCAUGAGCGGCACCGGGGUGGUCACCAACGUCACGCUUCGCCAGCCGGGUGCGCAGCGCGGGGUUAUCAACCUCCACGGCCGCUUCGAAAUCCUCUCUCUCUCCGGGGCGUUCUUUCCGGCGCCAUCCCCACCCGGGGCAACCGGGCUCACGCUCUACGUAGCCGGCGGCCAGGGGCAGGUGGUUGGCGGGGAUGUGGUGGGAGAAUUGGUCGCAUCAGGGACCGUGAUGGUGAUCGCAGCCACAUUUUCGAAUGCAACAUACGAGCUAUUGCCCCUGGUGGAGGAAGAAGAGCCGUCCACGGCGGCGGGCCAGUGGCAGCAGAGUCCUAGAGGCAAUGGAGGCGCGCCGAUGCCACAGAACAAUCUGCCGCCAAGUGUUUUGCCUCAUGGUGAGAUUCGCCACGAGGUUUUCGGCGCUUGGGCGUCUGCUGCACCUCCAAGGCCACCACCAUCCUACUAAGCAUCU